AUGGAUCAUACCGAGAGAGAAGCGAAGAUGAAAUCUAGAGACCUCCGUUGGUCAGAGAUUUUCUCCGACGCCUUGCAACUGAUCCUCGAAAGCCUGAGCCUCCCAGAUUUCCACCGAGCGAGAACAGUAUGCUCGACCUGGUACUCCGUCUCCAAAUCAUGCCUACACCGGUAUCCAUGGCUGAUUCGUUUCCCGAAAAAGCUCACCGUCACGACGGAUUCCCGCAAUCUCUUCGAUCCCGUAGCAUACAAGUGGUACGAGACGAGAAGCCUCGGAGACGACGAGUUAUCCGAGAGCCGCUGCCUUGCGAGCUACGGCAACUGGCUGCUGAUGCUAAACCCUCGCAUCGAUUUCUCCGUCUUAAACGUGUUUUCCGGAGAGAGGAUCGAUCUCCCAGAACUAUCGCUCCGAGGGGAAGUGAGCCUCCGGAGGAAAGACGACGGCGAUUUCCUCCUCGAGCACUCUUCAGUUGACCGCGAGACGAUCAUCGAGAGGUAUGUGAAGAGAGCUGUGUUGUGGAUCGACGAGAGGACGAGAGAUUUCGUGGUGAGCUGGAUUUACAAUGAUCGAUACUUGUUCUCUUACAAGAAAGGAGACGAUUGCUGGUGGCAUUUUCAUGGCACGGAGUGUUUAGAUAUGGCUUACAAGGACUCAAAGCUCUUUGUUUACACCUCUGACCACUUCAUCGAGAUUCUUGAUUUCGAUUCUCCUUCUCCGAAUGAGAUCACCGGAGAUGAAAACCCGUACUGGAAUCGUCCGUUUCAAUUUGUUCCUCAACUAGGGGAGUACUUUUGGAAGACGAGAGUGGCGAUCGAUGAUUCAGGGGAUGUGUUGAUCGUUGUGAGCUUAAAAGCUUUCCCUGUGAACAAAGAGGAGCGUUUGUUCUACGUGUUUAAGAUGAAUCUUGAAGGAGACGAAUGGGAACGGUUAGAUUCUUUGGGAGGUGAUAAAGUGUUGGUGUUUGGCGAUGGGGUUAUAGUAGCAGCUAGUGAUGGAGGAGGAAAGAUCAAGAGAGAUUCAAUCUAUUUCGUUGCUGAUGAUGUUUAUCCGCUUCGUAGUCCUUCAAUGCUUCAAAGUUGUGGUACGUUUGAUCUUGCAACAGCCAAAUUGAGCUGGUCUCGAUGUCCUUAUUUCUUGUCCAACAUUCGUUGGUUUGUUCCAGGUUCUGAUCGAAAAUAA